ACGACACUGUCUCUUUAAGAAGCUGACUGGCCUGGCCUGGCCCCGCCCACUCCUGCAGCCUCCACUCUUCUUCUUCCUCUCCUUCUUCUUCAUGGCGAGAUGUGAAAGCUCACAGCUGCUCCAUCGCGGCCCGGCAAGCGUUCGGCAGGGAAAAAUGGAAUAAAAAACAAAACAAAGAACGCCGCAGAACAAUGGAGCGCGGAGCAAAACGGCCGAGUCGGACUUGAUCAACAUGUCCGCUGCGGCGCUCGCUAACGUCGCGUCCUUGUGACUGGAUUCUCCUUCGUGCGUACAAAGGAGCAUCAGACGCACCUGAGAUUGCUGCCGAAUUCUCCGGAAGGACUCGGAGGAGCUUUCUGCGCGCACAAGUCAACAUUUGUUCCCUCGGUAAGGCAGAAAAACGGCAGCAUUUGUACAUUGUGGACCUUUUCCUCCCAGGAGUCGUUUUUUAACGAUGCCGGAAUCGUUUCCACGAUGAUCGCGAUCCUUUAAGGAUGUUUUCUUGCGACAUGGAGUGUCCUCCAUUGUUGUGAGCAUCUUUGACUGGAGCGCACACACGGACAUGGUGGAGCCGGUGGGGUUCAUCGAGGCGUGGAAGGCUCAGUUCCCGGAGUCGGAGCCCCCCAGGAUGGAGCUGAGGUCGGUGGGGGGGAUCGAACAGGAGCUGGAGAGAUGCAAGGCGUCCAUCAGGCGGCUGGAGCAGGAAGUGAACAAGGAGCGUUUCCGUAUGAUCUACCUGCAGACCCUCCUGGCCAAGGAGAGGAAAAGCUACGACAAGCAGCGUUGGGGCUUCAGGAAGACCCCGCUGAACGAGGGGGUGGACCCGGCCGCCACACAGGGGGCUGAGUCCCAGCAGCCGCACGUGCAGGAGACCGGAGGGGUGGGAUGCGCGGUCGGGGGCGGGUACCCCUCCGCCGGGGACCGGAGCCGAUACCACGCUCACGUGGACGGAACGGGCAGAUCCAAACCGAGACCCCCGCCGGCGAGGAAGUCGGCCUCCCACGGGGACGGGCUGGAGUCGGCCUUCGAGGCGCCCCCUCAGGCCGAGUCGGCUUCCUGCGACAACCUGGACGGCCUCUCGCCCUCCAAGCAGAGAGGGGUCGUCUCCGUGUCGCCCAGAAGGCCCGCCCUUCCGCCCCCGGACAAGGAGCCGCCGUCCGACCCCAAAGACAAGCUGGGUAUGGGGCUCGGCGUGGCCGCCCUCAGGUCCAACUUUGAGAGAAUCAAGCGGGCCAACUCUCACUCGGUGGGCGACAAAGGUCAGGAGAAGCCGCCGCCCCCUUUCUACUCCAACGUGGAGUUCCACCAAGACCGGGGGCUGGUCCGCGUCAACGAGCGGGAGGUAUCGGACAAGAUGGGCACGCUGGGGAGUCAGGCCAUGCAGAUGGAGAGGAAGCGCUCGCUGCACUCCCUGCCGGGUAACCUGGCGACCGUGGCCGGCGAGCUCCGCGCCAGGCCCGUCUAUAGGGGGCGCUCCACCGAGAGCACCUGUGGGUAUGACGCCGAGUACGAGGACGGCGAGCCCGCACAGAGAACUCGAGCCAAUGGCGGGAAACCCCCGCCGCCGCCUUGGCAGCCUUCCGACUUCCAGGCCUACUCCAGCGUCUAUGUGGGCGGGGUCAUGAUGGGCGAGGGCGGCGUCGGCGGGGACGGCCGAGUCCAAAUGAGAGACCACGGCGUCGCCGACGACCACCUCCUCACCUGGCCUCGCCGCUCCUACUCGCCGGGGAGCUUCGAGGACGUGGGCGGAGGCGGCGGAUACACGCCGGACUGCAGCUCCAACGAGAACCUGACGUCCAGCGAGGAGGACUUCUCGUCGGGACAGUCCAGCCACGUGUCACCCAGCCCGACCGCCGCCUUCCGCCGGCCCUUCCGCGAGAAGAGCCGCUCGCCGUCGCAGAACUCGCAGAACUCGCAGCACUCCUUCGACAGCAGCAGUCCGCCCACGCCGCAGUCGCAGAAGCGCCACCAGCGGCAGCAGGGCGCGCACCUGGUCAUGUCCGAGGCCACCAUCGUCAGCGUCCGCAAGACGGGUCAAAUUUGGCCGCCUGCCGGGCCCCAGCACGGCAGAGCGGCGCAUGACAACAGUUACCACGGCGACCACCUGGACGGCCAUUACAGCGGGACUCCGCCCUCUUACGGCUACGACGCCGACCGCGCCGAGGAGCAGCGGCGCCACCACGACAUCCUGCCGUACAUCGACGACUCGCCCUCGUCCUCGCCUCACCUCAGCUCCAAGAGUCGCAGCAGUCGGGACACGCUCUCCUCGGGAUCCAUCGAGUCCUCCAAGUCGACGGAAUGUGAGCUGGAGAAAGGUCUGGAAAUGAGGAAGUGGGUUCUGUCUGGGAUCUUGGCCAGCGAAGAAACAUACCUCAGUCACCUGGAGGCUCUGCUGCUGCCCAUGAAACCUCUGAAGGCGGCGGCCACAACGUCCCAGCCGGUCCUGUCUCCGGCCCAGAUAGAAACCAUCUUCUUCAAGGUGCCAGAACUCUACGAGGUCCACAAGGACUUCUAUGACGGACUGCUGCCCCGCGUCCAGCACUGGACUCACCAGCAGAGGGUGGGAGACCUCUUCCAGAAACUGGCCAGCCAGCUGGGCGUGUACCGAGCGUUUGUGGACAACUACGAGCUGGCGGUGGACACGGCAGAGAAAUGUUGUCACGCCAACACGCAGUUUGCAGAAAUAUCAGAGAACCUGAAGGUCCGAAGUCCCAAAGACUGCAAGGAGCCCACGGCCAAGAACUCCCUGGAGGCCUUGCUGUACAAGCCAGUGGACCGAGUCACACGCAGCACGCUGGUGCUCCACGACCUGCUCAAGCACACGCCCACAAGCCACCCGGACCACCCGCUGCUGCAGGACGCCCUGCGCAUCUCGCAGAACUUCCUGUCCAGCAUCAAUGAGGAGUCCACGCCGCGCCGCCAGUUGAUGACCGUGAAGAAGGGCGAGAACCGCCAGCUGUUGAGGGACACCUUCAUGGUGGAGCUGGUGGAGGGAACCAGGAAGCUGCGCCACGUCUUCCUCUUCACCGACCUGCUGCUCUGCGCCAAACUGAAGAAGUCCAUGGCGGGCAAGAACCAGCAGUACGACAGCAAGUGGUACAUCCCCUUGAGCGAGCUCACCUUCCAGGGACCCGAGGAGGCCGAGCCCCUCAGCGUCCCCCAGGUGCCCGACGAGGAGCUGGACGCCAUGAAGGUGAAGAUCUCCCACCUGCGCUGCGAGAUCCAGAGAGAGAAGAGCGCCAACAAGGGUUCAAAGGUCAUCGAGCGACUCCGGAAGAAGCUGUCGGAGCAGGAGUCGCUGCUGCUCCUGACCUCUCCCAGCAUGCACCUCAGAGUCUACAACAAGAGCGGCAAGAGCUUCAGCUUCCUGAUCUCGUCCGACUACGAGCGAGCCGAAUGGAAGGAGCUCAUCAGAAAGCAGCAGAAGAAAUGUCCCAAAGCCUCUCUGCUGACUUCCGUGGAACUUCAGAUGUUGACCAACUCUUGUGUCAAACUGCAGACGGUGCACCACAUCCCGCUGAGUGUCAAUCAGGAAGAGGACGAGAGUGCGGGUCUGUACGGCUUCCUGAACGUGAUCGUGCACUCGGCCUGCGGUCUGAAGCAGAGCCUGAAUCUCUACUGCACGCUGGAGGUGGACUCUUUCGGCUUCUUCUCCAACAAGGCCAAGACCAGAGUGUACCGAUACACCACGGAACCCAAAUGGAACGAAGAGUUCGAGAUCGACCUGGAGGGCUCGCAGACCCUGAGGCUGCUCUGCUACGAGAAGUGCUACAACAAGAGCAAGCACAACAAAGAGGACGGAGGAGACGGCGCCGACCGCAUCAUCGCCAAAGGACAGAUCCCGCUGGUGCCACAAAUGCUGCAAGGCAAAGAGUGGCAGAGGACCAUCAUCCCUAUGACUGAGAUGGAAGUGAAAGUGUCCAUGAAGUUCACCAGCAGAGAGUUGAGUCUGAAGAAGAUGCCUUCAAGGAGACCCAUGGGAGUGUUUGGAGUCAAGAUCUCUACUGUCACCAAACGUGAGCGUUCCAAGGUGCCCUACAUCGUGCGACAGUGCCUGGAGGAGAUCGAGAGGCGGGGCAUGGAGGAGGUGGGCAUCUACCGAGUGUCGGGCGUGGCCACGGACAUCCAAGCCCUGAAGACGGCCUUUGACAGCAACAACAAAGAUGUUUCUGUCAUGAUGAGCGAGAUGGACGUCAACGCCAUCGCCGGCACCUUGAAGCUUUACUUCCGCGAGCUUCCUGAACCGCUCUUCACCGACGAGCUCUACCCCAACUUUGCAGGCGGCAUCUCUCUGUCAGACAGCGUCGCCAAGGAGAGCUGCAUGUUGAACCUGCUGCUGUCGCUACCCGAGCCCAACCUGGUCACCUUCCUCUUCCUCCUAGACCACCUGAAGAGGGUGGCGGAGAAGGAGUGCAUCAACAAGAUGUCCCUCCAUAACUUGGCCACAGUGUUCGGUCCUACGCUGCUGAGACCUGCAGAGAAGGACAGUAAGAUCCCAGCCAACCCCAGCCAGCCAAUCAGCAUGGGGGACAGCUGGUCCCUGGAAGUCAUGGCGCAGGUGCAGGUGUUGCUCUACUUCCUGCAGCUGGAGACCAUCCCCACGCCUGACAGCAAACGCCAGAGCAUCCUCUUCUCCACGGAGGUAUGAAGACCUUCUCCGCUCACCUCGCACCCGGACUCUGGUGGACUUUCAGGUCUCGGACCACCUCCGCUCCCCCCCCCUCCCCCCGAGUCAGCCUUGUGGUAGAGGGACGGGGUUUGUUGUCCUCCACAAGAGGGCGACAGUGAGACGACAGGUCCGCACCUUCCAUUGGGUCAGGAGGAAGAAGUCCUGGAGGGCAAGGCGGCCAUUAGUGCUACCUAGGUUUGUUUACACAGGAAGGCGGGUACAGUAGAUCCUCGCCAUGGCACCAAGACUAUUUUUAUACUCUCUUACACACAUCAACACACACUCACUUACAGUCAUACAAACAACAUUCACACCUUGACGUGCGAUACUGAUACCUGGUAUCGUGGCGAUAUCACCAAAACAAAACCGAUUCACAUCCGAAUUGCGAUCCUUAUUCAUCCUGAUUCUAAAUGGAUUCAUCAUUUUCAAAAAAUUUUUUUUGAAAAUGUGUUUUUUUCUAUAUCUUUGUAGGCUAUUUACUAGCAGCUACGCAACAGCUCAGCACACAAUAGCACACAAGCUAGACGUAGGUCAUAAUCGCUGAAAUAAAAAGGGGACAUUUGUCAACACAAACCAGUAUCAAAUAGUCACGUCUUACUCACACACGAGAAUAGAAGGUGUCCAGUAACAAACGUGUCCGCAUCACAACUUGCCGCGUCAUGAGCUGAACUUCAUGAAUUAUUGUGACCACCAGGUGUUGAUACCAC